AUGCGUCCAUUAUCUUUUCUUCCGCUUAUCCCUUUGAUCCUUUCAUCUACCCUAGCUCGUAAAAAGGACGGAGGUGGAUCAUCCACACCGGCUGUUACGAUUCAUCCAUACAACUCACCGCUUUACCAAGAAGGAGUUACAAUCACCGGUGUCCACGAUGAGGCCAGCCAAGUCGAUAAAUUCUAUGGUAUCCCUUAUGCUGCACCUCCUGUUGGCUUCCUUCGAUGGAGAAGACCUAUCCCGUACAACUACACCGAUGAUGUCGAUGCUCGUCAUCCCGCUCCAUCAUGUCUUCAAGAUCCGACUAACCCCGAUAUCGGUCCAGGAGGUACUUCAGAGAACUGUCUCUUCUUGAACGUUUAUACUCCUUCUGGAUGUUGGGAAUCUGAAGAUCCUCUUCCAGUCAUCGUCUAUCUUCAUCCUGGUGGUUGGCAAUGGGGAAGUGGUACUAUCCAUGAUGGUACCAACAUCGUUUCUUACUCGCAAGAUCUUGAAAAACCGGUAAUCCUCGUCACCUUGAACUAUCGACUUGGUGUAUUCGGAUGGCCCAACGGUCCCGCUUUUGAUCACGCACGAGCUGGUAAUCUUGGUAUGAGAGAUAUCAUCAGAGCUUUGGAAUGGGUUCAAGAGAACAUUUGGGCGUUCGGUGGGGUCACACUCCACGGUCACUCUGCUGGUGCGAUCACCAUAUCCCAUCUCUACUUUGACACCGAACAAAGCUUGUUCAACUCAGCAAUCAUGAGCUCAGGCGCUCCUUCUAGCGUUCCUAUCGGUCUCAUCGACAAGACUUGGCUUGGACCUUACGACCAGCUCCUCAACUUGACCAACUGCAACACCACUUUUGGCGAAGAAGUUGGUUGUCUUCGAAACCAUACUGCUCAACAGAUCCUCGAUGCUCAAAUGACUAUUUUGUCUAAUCCCAACUGGACAAGCAGCUUCAUCUACGGUCCAAGUGUAGAUUCUGAUCUUAUCCCCGAUCAACCCUGGAAGCUACUUGAAAAAGGUGUCAUCGCCCCUAUUCCGUUCAUCAUCGGUCAAACCAAAGACGAAGCAACCGGCUUCACUCCUGUCAACAUCACGCAAGAUACGUUACUCGACUACUUCAAUAGACUAUACCCGGUUCCCCUUCCAGCCAACUUCACUGACAAUCUCACUACUACAUGGUAUCCAGAUGUACCAGCUCGAGGAGCACCAUUCGGUUCUGGCAAUGCGACUUUCGGUCUUGAUCCUACGUACAAACAAUUCGCCGCUCUUUUGACCGAUGCUCGACAUACCGCACCUCGAAGACACAUGCUUCGUCAAGCCAACGAAUAUUUUUACAACAGAACUUGGACUUACACCUUCGAUUACGUUCCGGGUAAUGUCUCGACAAACAGAUAUGGAGCUCCGCAUCUCUCUGAUCUUCCGUAUGUCUUCGGCUGGAACAAUAAUUGGACUGAACCCCAGCGAAACUUGUCCCGUUUGAUCCAAAGUUACUGGGUCAACUUCACCUACUUUGGUAAUCCCAACGGACCUAACGCUUCCAACCCGUAUAUCUAUCCUGAUCCAUACGUGAACACCACCGCCCCCGUCCCUCCCACUACUCCCGAAGCGCCAGUCAAUUCGACGUACUGGACAGAACACGAUCUUUUAGCUGGGAGGAAGGAUAUUCUUAAAUUCACCCUCAACAACUCCACUCUGAUCCAAGAUAACUACAGGGAAGGUUCGAAUAGUUACUUGAAUGGUCAUCCCGUUGAGCUUGGAUACUAG